AUGGCUAGCGAUUACCCCGAAGACUCGUUUGGGAUCGACCUUGUUCCUGCAGAAGGGGAAAGGGGAUUUCACACAAAGAUCAACCCACAACAGCCCUUUCAAUGGAGUACUAUCCACGAAGAUCGGCGAGCACUCGCUAUCAAAUGCUCCCUCGUCGAUGUUAUUCAUGGACGGUGGUGUGCGGAUGGUGAUGACAAUGACUAUUAUGCUACCCUCCUUGUCUUGGACUUCCUAUUCGAUGUUGGCAAUAAACUUGGACGGCGCAUCAAGUCGGCCAAAAUUACGGUAACUUUUUACGGGGAAUCCGAUGAUGAUGACCACCCAGGUGUCGUUAAUAUUUCCCUCAACGGAAGCUACAGCUUGCUGCCAACCACUCAGUCGGAAACCAUCACCAAUGGGUUGACCGCGAGCGCUAGUGCCAACGUGCUCAGUGCAGACGCUACGUACAUUAGUGGUGUCACCUGCUUGAUCGGCGUAGACUGGGAUCCGGCCAAUGCGGUAGAGUGGAAGCUGCAGGAAAACGCUACCCUGAAAACGGGGCUGCCAGCGACAUUGAGGGCGGGUAUUCUACUCAAGCGAGAGAGCAUGGAAAAUUUCAAGUGCGCAGUGGAUAUUGAAUCCGAAGUUGAUUUGAUAACAAAUGUUGGAAGAUGGUUUGGGGGCAAGCCGAAAGAUGAUCCCGUACUGUUCAAGCCGAGCUUGAAGCCAACAAAUCGGUUGAUGCAAUACGAUGCAAAUAAUCUAGGCAAGUUUGAUACAUGUAUGUCUCUCGUGGAGGAUGUUACUUUCACCACCGUCCUUGGAAACGCCGUCACGCAUCGAGAUUAG